AUGGGUAGGAACAUUAGAAAGCAAUUUAUGUGGUAAAUUCGAGCGUUCAGCAUAUUCUGGUGCUUACGCUGAUCCUGCGGCAGGCGCAACGGAUGCUUACGCAGCAACAGCGGAUCCUGAGGUAUCGUUCAUCUCAGAAGAGUCUGAAUAAUUAGAAAUUUUAAGGCUCACGAAGCGGCGUGGGCUCAGUACUACGCAGCUCUAGCGGCUCAAGGUGGAGCGCCACCUGGCACUGCUGAUGUGAGUUUGAAAAGAUACAUUCCUCAGCUUGAAACUAGAGUUUUCUUUCUAAAUUUAAAUUUUGAAACAUUCUGACUUACUUGAAAAUUGGAAAUUCCGGUUGAGAGUAGGUAUAAAAAUAAUCAUAAUUUUCACAAACUUGUCUAAAAAUAUGGAGUUUUAAGUGAAGUUGAAAAAAAAGGAAAGAUAUUACUUAGAAAUUUUAUUAUCCGAAGAUAUUGAAUUUUUAAAAUCUCAUUGAGCGAAGGCCUGUGAUCAAAAAAGUUCCUUCAUUAGGCUAAGAAGAUUUCGAGAAAAUUUUUUUUUAAAGGCUAGCAAGAACGAGAUUAUUUGGUUCGAAACUGUUUUUUUCCAGUACUCCGCAGCGGCUGCCUACGGUGGUUACGGUGCUGACGGCGCUGCUCCUCCGCCCCCUCCAACUCAACAAGGCUACGGCGAAUCCACAGGCUAUGACAACGGCUACGGUGCAGCUGGCCGAGGCGGAUUCGGAGGACGAGGAGCACCUCGCGGAGAUCGUGGAGGACGUGGCGGUAGCUUCCGAGGAGGCUUUGAUGGAGGCUCUCGCGGCGGCGGCUAUGGCAGCGAACGUGGCGGUUAUGGUGGCGACCGUGGAGGCUUUGGCGGUGAUCGCGGCGGCUUCGGAGGAGACCGCGGAGGAUUCCGAGGUGGUCGCGGCGGCUUCGGUGGCGAUCGAGGAGGUUUCGGUGGCGAUCGUGGAGGUUUCCGAGGCGGACGCGGAGGUUCUUGGACCUUUCAUGGCGAUAGAGCUGCGAAAAUCGGUCUCUUUGUUUGGAAAGGUUGAAGCGUCGAAGAUUUAGAUAUUGCGCGGUCGAAUUCUCAAUAGUUUAAGGUUCAUCGGCUGUUUUUUCGCAGCUCUUUUUUCGAUAUAUUCGAAGAAUGAGUGUAUAGAUAUAGUUUUCAGGCGGCUUCGAAGGUGGUGAGAGAAGAGGCGGAAGCCGUUGGGACAGUGGCAGCGAUCGUGGCGGCUUUAGAGACGGGUAAGCGAACCGAGUACCAAAAAGCCUAGUUUUCAGUGAAAAGCGGUUUUUAAUCAGAAAAAAGUGUUUGGCGGCUGGUAGAUUUUCAACGGGUUCAGGUAAGUUUAAAAAUGAAAUAAAAGAGAAUGCUUUUGUUUGAAAAGAGUGUUAAAAACGAAAUGAUGAAAAAAAGAAAAAAAUUAAAAGUGUUCUCGUUCCGUGAGCGUUUCAAAUCAAUGGUCUUUCUGUUCAGCAAAUGUGUGUUCGAUUUCAACGGGUCGAACUUGAAAAUGUCGAGUUUAAGAUGGUGUCAAACGCGUGGUCUCUCUACAAAUCAAUCAUUCCUAGUGUGACAUGUCAAUCUCUAUAGUUUUUUUUUUUGUUAACAAAAAAAAGGUGUUGGAGUUGGAAUUUUUAAAAUUUGAAAAGAGAAAUGGAGAGUUUCGAAAGAGUUGACAUGUCACGGUGGCCGCGCGGCGUCAGAUCCGCAGCGGCCACAGGAAAUUCAAGCAAACUAUCGUUGAUGUUUCAGUCCGGGUGGUCCUCCCGGUGGCCGAGGAGGUUUCCAAGGUAUUUACCAACAAGUUCAGACAAUGUCGUGUAACGUUUCUCUUUCAUUGAAUUUGUGUCAUGUUCUAUUCAUAUAUUGCUCUCUAAUCGCGCUUUUUUCAUGUGCAAAAGAAUGAAAAAUAGGUUAAAAUUUGAAAAGGAAAUUUCACGCCUGUCCGCCGUUCUCACACUUUUGAAAAAUUGGGAAAUAUGGUCAAAAUUAAAAGUUUAUUGAGUUUGAAAGUUGUUUUGAUGGGUAAUGGUUUACAAAUGCAUUUUCACCCGGUUAUUCUGGAGUAAUUUUUUUAAAUCUGGUUAAAUGUGUGCUUGCUUAAUUUGAAAAAAAACCGGAAUUGUUUCAUUUUCUCUUCAAAAAAAACGGGUGCUGAACAAUGAAACGAUUGAAAAUAGUUUUGGAAUGGGUUUUAGUUUUUUGGUUUUUUUUUUGUUGUGAAUCAGUAUUAUGAAGUCGAUUAACCGUCAGUCAGUCAAUCGAAUCAUUUUUUUUUUUUUGCUUCAUUUUAGUCAGUUCCGUAUGGCAAGCGGUUUCGAAAAAGAUUGGAGCUCUAUAAAAAUUUUGUUUUUCUUAAAAAGGUGCGUCAAAAAAAAAGAAAAUUUUAGGUUCAGGUUCAAUUGCGAGUUGUGUAAAAAAAAAGAUAAUUUCUUGAAGAAGGGCGUUUUAAAAUGAGUUUUCCGUUAGUGCUUUCAAAUAUAGGUCUUUGAAGGAUAUAGGAGAGAUUGUAAAAAAGGAACGGGUUCAUAAAAUUGGUAUAAAAAUGAUCGAUUUUCAAAUUGGAACGGGUCUAUUCCGUUUUUGUUUGGUUCGGUUAACAUUUUUAUAAUGUACGCGGUGACUUUUCAGAAAUUGUUUUUAACUUGAGUGAGGGAAUUAGUUAAAUGGGUUUAGAAAAUUAUGUAUGUUUUAACAAUGGGUCAUUAUCAAAAAUGAAAGUGGUUCUUUUUUCGAAAGGUCUGGAUUAAAAUUCGGUUUAUUAAAGCAGGCGUGACUUAUCGUUUCAAAAAUUGCGAAAAAAAAAGUUCUUGCCAUUUGUUUUAAAGCCUUCUUGGUCUCUGCAUGUAGUGCACAGCUCUUCAUUCUUAUAAUUUUGAACACAUUUAUUUUUCUAAUUUAACCGAAUUUGAUUAUAGAUAGACGCGGAGGAGGCUUUGGUGGCGGCCGAGGCGGCGGAUUCGACGAUCGCGUCGAACUGAAGGAGACGGUCUUCAUCCAAGGAGUUCCUGUGACGUGAGAAGCAGAAUACAUAGAAUUUCGCCCAAUAAUAUGUGUUCAGGGCCAACGAGACGUACAUUGCCGACGUGUUCAACACGGUUGGAGACAUCGCGAAAAACGAUCGAAGCGGCGGCCCACGCAUCAAGAUUUACACUGACCGCGCCACUGGAGAACCCAAGGUGAUCCAUUGGACGAGAAUCGAGGGGAAACGGAAUACAUGGAGAUGAAACCAUACUAUUGAAAAACAACCAAAAAACACUAACAGGUCUUCUUGAAGUAUUAGAGAAAGUUGAGCACUAGUGUUUUUUUUCAGUUCUAGGAAUAACUUUAAAGCUCUACUUCAAUCAGUUGUUGAGAAAUAAGAUACUUUUUUUGAAAUUUUAUCAUGUGAAGUUUUACACCAGGAUUUUAUUAUUUUUUUUCAGGGCGAAUGCAUGAUCACUUUUGCCGACGCCGAAAUCGCUCAACGCUGCAUAGAGCUCUACAACGGCCAACCUUUCCCAGGUGCCGACCGGCCAAUGUCUAUUUCCAUUGCAAAGUUUAAGGUAACCAUCUGAAAAAUUUAUUGAAAUUUAAAUGAGUCUUGAAGCCUUCUGCUGAUGGAGGUCGCGGCGGAUUCCGUGGAGGACCACGUGGCGGCGGUGGCUUUGGAGGAGAUCGUGGUGGAUUUGGCGGCGGAUUCGGUAGGUUUCUCGUGCAGCGCUUUUAUUUGCGUGGUAUGGUGAAAAUGCCUGAAAAAUUGUAUGGUUUGAAGGUUCUUCGCUGAAAUUUAUUCAACCUUUUUUCUAGGGAAUUUUAUUUUUUAGAGCGAAAAAGCUGCAAUUAAAAUCGAUCCAUCCAUCAUUAUUUUUCUUCCCAGAUGGUGGACGUGGAGGCGGCGGCUUCAGAGGAGGCGACCGCGGCGGUGGCUUCCGCGGAGGACGGGGCGGAGACCGAGGAGGAUUCCGAGGCGGUCGCGGCGGAGAUCGCGGAGGCCCCGGAAACGCCAAUAUGGAACAGCGGAAAAACGACUGGAACUGCGAACAGUGCAACAAUAACAACUUUGCCUUCCGUCAGGUAAAUUUUGUUUUGUCAAAUUUUUGGGCUAGGCAGAAUUUGGAAAGAGCUCACGGGCUUAGAAAAAUAUCUACUUGGCCGUGUGGGAUUUUGAAAAACUUGAGAACUGGGGUUUUUUUUCGACGAAUAGCUUUCCACACGUUACAUUGUAUUGAGAUUUUCCAGUAAAUUUUUUUAAAUAAGAAGCAGUUUUCUUUAUUGUUCACUUUUUCAUCAGGCUUUUACUUUUUUAAUCGAGACCUCAGAAAACAUUCACAUUUCUAAUUUUCAGGCGUGUAAUCAAUGCGGCGCGGCUCGUCCAGGAGGCGGCGGCGGCGGCAGUGGCGGUGAAGACCAGGAAAGAUCUCGUGGCGGCGGCGGACGUGGAGGUCCUUCUGAACGUUUCAGACCCUAUUAA